AUGGCUACCACCGCAGGCCCCACCCCAUCCGACCCCGUUACGGCACAGCGUCCUACCACUGUCAUGGACCCGACGGCCACCGUCUCCACUGCCUCGGGCGUCAAGCUCACUGCCCACAACCAGUACAAGGCAUCGCGCCUCCUGAGCACCGACCUCCCCACCGAUCCCUUGCCUCUCUUCCGCUCGUGGCUGGCACAGGCCCUCAACCCAUCCCCGGAAUCGGGCCUGCCAAAGGUCCGCGAGCCAGAGGCCAUGGCCCUCUCGACCGCGACCGCCUCUGGCAUUCCUUCCGCUCGCGUCGUUCUGCUCAAGGAAGUCGACAGCCAGGGCUUUGUGUUCUUUACAAACUACAACUCGCGCAAGGGCCUGGAGCUCAUUGCCAACCCCUAUGCCGCCCUCGCGUUCUACUGGCGCGAGAGCAGCAGGCAGAUCCGCGUCGUCGGCCGCGCCGAAAAGGUGUCCCGCGCCGAGAGCGAGGCCUACUUUGCUACCAGGCCUCGUGGGUCGCAGCUCGGCGCCUGGGCCUCCACCCAGUCGAGCGAUAUCGACGAGGACGCCCUUCCAGAGCACGUUGCCGCUGCCGAGGCUCGCUUUGAGGGCAAGGACGUUCCCUGCCCCGACCACUGGGGCGGAUUCCGCAUUGUCCCAUUCGAGGUCGAGUUCUGGGCUGGCCAGCCGUCCCGUCUGCAUGACCGUUUCCGCUUCUCGCGCCCCGAGGCCGCCGGUCCCGGAGGCGAGUGGGCCGUCUCGCGUCUGUCUCCCUAA